AUGUAUGCCCUCGGCUUGAUCUUCACCGCCGCAGCGACUGUUGUCCUCGCCAGUCCUGCUCCCGCUGACUUUGGAUUCUCGAAGGACCUGCUCCGUCGAGCCCUUGUCUCUUCCGAUGGCAUCUGCGGCAUCUACAACAACUCCAGGACUUGUACUGGAAGUGGUUUCGGUGGCUGCUGUUCGCAGUUCGGGUACUGUGGCAGCGACGAUGAUCACUGUGGUGUCGGUUGCCAGAGUGGUUGGGGCAGCUGUGGAGUGACCGCACCCACCACCACUUGGGGAGCCUUGGGUUGUUACUCUGACCAGAGCAACGCCCGAACCCUUACUACCAGCAUGAACGUUGCCAGCAACACGAUCGAGAGGUGCCAAGCUGCGUGCGUCGCGGCCGGUUUCAACUACUCUGGUACUGAGUUUGGCAACCAGUGUUUCUGCGGUACCACCAUCUCCAAUGGCGGUGCACAGGUUGAUCCCUCAGGCUGCAACAAGGCCUGCUCCGGAAACAGCACGCAGAUCUGUGGUGGCGCCGGAACUCUCAGCGUGUCCAUCAUCACGCCCCGCUGGCAGAAGGUCGGAUGCUACUCUGAUUCAACCACCGCUCGCACGCUCAGCGUUUCCUACAACAUCGCGGGUGUGACCAAUGACAACUGCAAGGCUACGUGCGAGGCCAACGGUUACAAGUACGCGGCCACCGAGUAUGGCACUCAGUGCUUCUGCGGCAAUUCUAUCCAGAACGGAGCCUCUGCCGUUGGUGCCGGUUGCAACAUUGCGUGUGCUGGCGACUCAACUACCUAUUGUGGAGGAUCAAAUGCCAUGAGUCUUUUCACCUACAUGUAA